UAGAAUGGAAAAGUAUUGUACGUUCUCAAACUAAAAACAUGUUAUUCGGUAUGGAAGUUAUUUGGAAAAGUAUAAAAUUCAAAUAUAUAUUUGCUUGUAUACUGAUCACAUUUCUUAUAUCCUGCUUGAUAAGUAUUGCUCCAAUAAGCAUAGAUGAAUGCAAGUGUGAAUUAGCCACACAGCAAAGUCAGUAUAAUAAUCAUAGGCAACAGAACAAUGCUGAUAAAAAUCAUAAGAAGUCAUUACACCGUUUGGCUAUACUUGUGCCAUUUAGAGAUCGCUUUGAAGAGCUAUUAAUAUUUGCUCCGCAUAUGAAAAAGUUCUUAGAUAAACAAAAUAUAGAUUACCAUAUAUUCAUACUUAAUCAGAUUGAUAGGUUUAGAUUUAAUAGAGCCUCUCUUAUAAAUGUAGGCUUUCUUCAUGUAUCUUCUCCAGAAUUACAUCCCCGAUAUCAUUAUCCAACAUUUGUUGGAGGCAUAUUACUUAUAAAAAGAGAACAUUUUGUACAAGUGAAUGGAAUGUCUAACAAAUAUUGGGGAUGGGGUCUUGAGGAUGAUGAAUUUUAUGUUAGAUUAAAAGAAGCUGGUUUAAUAGUUACAAGACCACAGAAUGUAUCUACUGGAACACACAAUACGUUCAAACACAUACAUGAUAGAAAUCAUAGAAAACGAGAUAUGAUCAAGUGCUAUAAUCAACGUGAAGUAACUCGGAAACGGGAUCGUCAAACUGGCUUAAAUAAUGUUUCUUAUAAGUUACUAAGUACAAUUAAAAUGACUAUCGGGGACUCUCCAUUGACCGUCCUUAAUAUUUCUUUAAUGUGUGACAAGUUAAGUACACCCUGGUGUGAAUGUGAUAAAGUAAUGGGAUCUAAAGAUGGGAAAUCGAAGGAGAAAAAGAAGGUCAAUAAUAACAAGUCUGCCACUGGGUUGUAACUA